UCUGAACGACGUUGGGGACAUGAACUUGAAUAUCUGUACAUAAAUUUCCAGCACUAGAACAUUCACUGACUGAGGUUUCUAGCUGAAAGAAUCUUCCGUCCAGAAAGAAUGAAAAUAUGGAUAUGCAUCACAUGUAUCGUGAUCUACAACUGGUGGUUCAAAAGCCCACCAUGGAAUUCAGCUGUUUCCAAGUGGCUCUCUGACCAGGGCCUCUCAAUUUAUGAACAGCUUUUCAGCCAGCAUGGCAUCCGCCACAUGCUGGACCUGGCGGACGCACACGCCCUCCCGGUCAUCUCGGGCCCGGACGGCCAGCGACUGCUGACCGCCUCGCACCAGCUGUACGAGCGGCUUGUGUUCCGCUUCUGGCUGGCGCAGGUGCACCACGACGACAAGGCCGAGCGGCUGGAGGCGGUGGAGGUGUGGAGUCUGGACGACCUGCUUGAACAUUCGGACCCGGUUCUGCGCGCCCUACCGGGCAUGGUGCGCGCCGUGGCCAAGCUGCCGUCGGACCCGGCCGCGCUGGCAGGCUUCAAGCGUCAGCUGUUUGACGAGAUGAAGGCCGCCGCGGCCCAACCCAAGAGCUCCAGUUGGGUGACGUUGCGGUGGAUGUUGGUGGCCGUGUGCGUCGUGUUUCUGGGUGACCUCGGCUACCGGCUGUGGCGGGACGCCGGCGGCCGGCGCGCGCUGUCGGAGCCCGUGCGUCGCCUCCUGCUGCUGGCCGUCCGCUGCCGCGUGGAGCUUCAGUGGCAGGACAGGCGGCGCGUCGGCGGCACCGUCUCCCUCCACGUUGAGGCGAAGCGGCUGGACGGCGCCGCGUACGACCUCGAGGGUGGCCCGAUCGCGCUCCAGGUGCUAGUGCACGUGCGCGGCGCACCGGUCGCCUGCGCCGUGGAGCGGCGCGACGGCAGCGCCACCUGCACCUUCCCGGCGCGCACCGCCGGCACGUACGCCAUCGGGGUGACGCUGGGCGGUCGCCACGUGGCGGGCAGUCCGUUCCUUCGUGUUUUUCGGGCGGGCCUGCCGGACGCCGAGACCACCACACUGCUGAGCCACAGCAGCAUGGUGGUGAUGACGCAGGGCCAGCCGUACCCGAUGACGGUGGACCUGCGCGACGGCUUCAACAACCCCUGCGAGCCGAGCGACUGGGCGGAGAUCCGGCCGCGGCUCGCCGUCUCCGUGUCGGAGCUGGACGGCGCGCGGCCCGUGGAGCCGUACGAGCAGUGGGACCUGGAGGGGCGGCGCGUCAGCCUGCGCCUGGUGCUCUCGCGCGAGGGCUGCUUCCGGGCCAACAUCACCCACGGCGGCACCACCAUCCGCAACGGUCACUUCUUCGUGAUCGUGCUGAGCGCCUACAACAUGUCGGCGGUCCGCAAGCAUGUGCAGUCACGCGGCGUCACCUUCUCGGCGCGACUGAUGUGCGUCGACGAGCGGCCGCUGAACAAGCCCAAGGACGUGUGGUGCUCGGUCUCGCCCAAACAGCUGACCGUGCACGAGACGAUGCUGCUCUUCCUGCGACGCAAGCUCUACACGUUCCGCCUGUGCCCGAGCACGCGCCUGACGCCGACCAACGAGCGGAACACGGCCAGCAUGCCGUCGCUGCUCGUCUCCGACGGCUGCCAGCCGGCGCUCGAGCUAACGCUCAAGGACCGCGACACCAUGGCCGCCACGUUCACGCGCUUCCUGUUGCGCAAUGUGGGCGGCAGCGAGACGUUCGCCGACAAGCGGCGUCACUUUUACCGCGAGCUAGAGCGCCAGUCGGGCGGCGGCUCGCGGCGACCGCUACCGCUGACCGUGCGCCGCGCCGCGCUGCUCGACUCGUCCAUGGCGGCGCUGCGUGGCGCCUCGGACUCCGACUGGGGACGCCCGUUCGAGGUGCGCUUCGACGACGAGGAGGCGCUCGAUUACGGCGGCGUGCGGCGCGAGUGGUUCGAGCUGGUCUGCCAGGCGCUGUUCGAACCGCGCGGUCGCCUCUUCGUGACGCUUGACGACUCGAGCCAGGCGCUGGUGCACCCCAACCACCGGCGGCCUCCAGCGCUGCGGCUGCGCCACUUCGUGUUCGCCGGCCGCGUGGUGGGCAAGUGCCUGCUGGAAUCUUCGCAGGGCGGCGCGACGCGACAGCUGGUGCGCGCCAACUUCACGCGCUCCUUCCUGUCGCAGCUGAUCGGCCUGAGGGUCAGCUACAAGCACUUCGAGCAAGAUGACCGAGAGCUGUACCGCACCAAGAUCGCCACUAUCGAGGCGUGCUCGGCCGCCGAGCUGGCCGCCUUCGAGCUCACCUUUGUGGACGAGGAGUUUGACGACCGGGGCAGACUGGCUCAGACGGUGGAGCUGCGCAGCGGUGGCGCCCGCACGCCUGUCACGGUGGACAACCGGCUGGAGUACCUGCAGGCGCUGGCGCAGUACCGGCUGAGUACCCGAGUACGUGCCGAGGUGGAGGCCUUCCUGCGCGGCCUCAAUGACCUCGUACCCGACCAGCUGCUCAGCAUUUUCGACGAGAACGAACUCGAGCUUCUGAUGUGUGGCAGCAGCGAGUUCAGCGUGGCCGAGCUGAGGAACCAUCACACAGUUACCGACCAUACCUCGAGUUUCGAAAAAGUCAUCAGAUGGUUCUGGACGGCGUUGGAAAACUUUUCAGCCGAGGAGACCUCGCGCCUGCUGCAGUUCACCACCGGCUGCGCGCGCCUGCCGGCCGGCGGCUUCGCCGAGCUCGUGCCCAAGUUCCAGAUCUCCAGCUACCCAGAGUUCGGCGCGCUGCCGGUGGCGCACACGUGCUUCAACCAGAUAUGCCUGGCCGACCACGCCACCUACCAGGAUUUCGAGCGGGCGCUGCUGCUGGCCCUCCGAGAAGGUAACGUCGGCUUCGGCCUGCUGUAGGCUGUGGCGGCAUCCGGCGGUCCUGCCGUCUGGUGUGGAGGAUCCGCCACCUGCCAAACCUCCAGAUCUACCACAUGUCAGACUGGUCCAGAGGACCCGCCACCUGUCAGACUGGUCUAGAAGGCCCAUCAUCUGUCAGACUGGUCCACAGGAACAAGCUCCUGCGCUGUGGUCUGGCCUGGUCUGAGAAGCGGCCCAGGGCUGGUGAGGUUUGGGGCCCCUCCCGGUCCUGGUAUGGUGUGGGAGGCGGCCCAGGGCUGGUGAGGUUUGGGCCCCUCCCAGUCCUGGUAUGGUCUGAGAGGCGGCCCAGGGCUGGUGA